AUGGCGUUGAAUCGCAAGUACGCUGCGUUGCCAGAUUUGGACUCCGCGCCGGAUGUCUACGAGACGCCAGAACUAACAGAUGACACCUCUACGGUCCCAACGACGACUGGACAAUCCCAUUCCGACAACGAGUUCGACGAUGAUUUGGACGACGAUAUCAACGGUAUUUCGCGAUCGCGACUGCGGAUAGACCAAGCAAGAUCUCGUUUCUUGCCCGCGGGUGUCGAUGCUGCCGGUGUCGACUUCUCCGACAGAGUCGAUGGCAAGCGCAAGUCGUACAAAGCCUCGACGAGGCGCCAGCGUAUUCUCCAAGAUGGUACAGAGGAGCUUGGCGACCUUAGCGAUGAAGACGACGAAGAUAACCUAGAGCGAAAGAUUGCACGACUGCAACGCCAGGUCGAAGAGGCGAAAGAAGAAUACGGGAAGCGCAAGGAAGCUGCAGCUCAGUCUGAGGCAGCAGACCAAGAGGAAAAACUUGGGUCACUCAGCAAGGUUCUUGACGAGAUAUCGAAGUCCAUCGAAUCUCAUUCCAACAGCGCAGGUCCUGUCCAGCCCGCGCCUCCGAUGGCCCAAGAGCAGGCGGAUUCGCAAUGUGCGCUGGUGCCAGGGAACGCGGCAACUUACACCGUCACUUACGCGCCUACCUACGAACAAAGUCACGCGCUUGCCAAGGCAGCUGACUUCGAUCGACGACUUGUUCUGUUGGAGAAGGCUAUUGGAGUCGGUUCUUCUGCUUUGCCUGAAGUCGACAUGAACGGCUUGCCGAGAGCGAUUCUGCCGACACUAGACGGCCUGCAGAAGCAAAUUACGACUCUGUCACAGGCCUCCACAUCGAACCUGGACACAAUCAGUCGUCGCGUGCGAACUCUGAUCCAAGAGGCACAGGAGCUGGAGAAGGCACGCCAAGGUGCUAAAUCUGCGCAGGAGACACUGGGUAACGGUGCGACGUCCGGCGAGGGCGGUGAUGCGUCAGAGCAGGUGGCCAAGAUCAACGCUCUCUAUGGGACUCUGCCGACGAUCGAGAACCUGGCUCCCUUGUUGCCGCCUCUUCUGGAUCGCCUCAGGUCUCUGCGGGCGAUUCAUUCCGACGCUGCAACCGCGAGCGAGAUGCUCGAGCGUAUCGAAAGACAGCAGACAGAUAUGGCUACGGACCUCAAGCAAUGGAAGGAAGGGUUGGAGAAGGUCGAAGAGGCGAUGAAGGAGGGAACCACUUCAAUGGCGGGAAACAUGAAGGUUAUGGAGGCCUGGGUCAAGGACUUGGAAGGACGUGUUGCAAAACUGCCAUGA